AUGACACAUGUUACAAUUUGCCCUAGUUCUCACUGCAGCGUAAUCGUCUGUGAAGGCGUUGCUAUCUAUGGUGUUAUUGUAGCAAUUAUUUUACAAACAAAGUUAGAGAGUGUUCCAUCAUCACAAAUAUAUGCGCCAGAGUCUCUUAGAGCUGGAUAUGCAAUCUUUGCUUCUGGAAUUAUUGUUGGCUUCGCCAACCUUGUUUGCGGAUUGUGUGUUGGAAUAAUUGGAAGCAGCUGUGCGUUGUCUGAUGCUCAAAACUCCUCACUUUUUGUGAAGAUUCUUGUGAUUGAGAUUUUAGGCAGUGCACUUGGACUGUUCGGAGUGAUUGUGGGUAUAAUCAUGUCAGCUCAAGCGACAUGGCCUGCAAAAUCAGUGUAAUUUCAUGAUCUUAGAAGAAAAUAGCAAUUCGAUUAUGUGAGAAUGUAGCCUGUUUCAUAUGUCGGUUA